UACAGUUCGCUUUUACCACAUUUUUUUAAAGUAUGUUUCCCAUUCUUUGGGUUUUCUUCCAAGUUUCAUGUCCACAGCAGGCAGUUGCUUUAGCCAGUCGAGAUUCUAGAUUAUUCUUCACAUCUUCUACUUCAACGGUUGUUAUCACAACAACAGAUAUUACGUUAAAGCAACAAAGCACCUGCUAUGUGCAUCAAAAGUACGGUCCCGCAGGAGGCAGGUUUAGAACUACUUUAUGUUCCGGGAGACGGAAAAGAUUUUCCGGAUUAAUAGAAGAAGAAGAAAGUACAAAUUUUAAAACUAAUUAUAACCAGAUUCAACCUUCUAGAGUUUCAAGACAUGAAGAAUUGGUUGAACCAGGGAUGAAUGAGUUGAAGUCAGUAGAUCGACGAGAAAGAAAUGUUUGGUAUUACAAAACAAUCACGUUCUCAGCUAUCCUGACCUCUACAAACACACAUACAGUCUACACAAAAACUAUCAGCAUUACGCUAGCUGCCUGCACUCCACUCGUAUUUAAUGAAUGUUAGCAAACAACACUAUAUGUAAAUACACUCAAACAUUAAU